UUCCUUCUUAGCUAUGGUGAGAGGGCCGGAGGAAGGGUAAGAGGGAGGUACCCUCACAUCAGGCAGCUCUGGCUCUCGGCUUUUUCACAAAAAAAAAAAGGCUGCGCUGGGUUUGAAAGUGAAACAGUGCAAGACUUGUUAAAGGAGUGCAGUCUCUUGGUCUCCUUCAUUCAGUUUCCUGUUCAAGGAAGCCAUUUUGUUACUCAGCCCUGGAGCAGAUCACUUAUACAAAGUUUGCCAUUGUUUUUUUCUGUUUCCCACAUCUCACCUACGGCUAAGGGAGUUUCACAACCAAGUUUGGACUUUCUACUCUGCAGAGCAACAUCUUUGGAGCAGCUGAGCUGAAGGAUGAAGUUGGAGGUGGAACAGUAGCAGGAGGGCAGCUUUUACUCCCUUCGGUGUGUUUUUCUUUUUCUCGUGCUUGUCAGGAUUAAACAAUGACAGAAGUCAGGCGACGUGAGAGAAGCGUCUGAGAGGACGUGAAGCAGCUUCCUGGAUACGGAUUUCUUCCUUGAUCCGCUGGAGGAAAGUGGACAGAAAACUCAGUGGAACAGGGACUCACUGCUCAGUGUGUGGAUACCCACAUUUCCUCUUUCCCUCCCGAACAGUUUGAAUGAGUGUGGCUUUCCCCAGAACCCCCGUCUGCACCUGGGUGUGUUCUUUAUCUCUGUGUAUGCUGAGAGCUUCGGGCAGCCAGCAGGGUAGAGCCAGCGGACUCUGAAUGGCUAAUGCGAGCCCUUGCAUGGCCUCAGGGGCAAUAUCCCAGGUCUUCUUCCCCCCUGUGGGGGCCUCCCCACCUGGCUCAGCAGUGAUGCAGCAGGGGACCCCCAUAUCCAUGCCCACUAUGCCUCCUCAGACUCCUUUUCCAGUGAUGGACCUGACAGCAGGACAUGGUCCUGGUGGGAUGAUGCCCUCAAUGGUUCCUACUCCAGCUGGGGUCUCCUUCAUCAUCCAGAUUGGUCUGACCAGGGAAUCUGUUCUUUUGCCCCAGACUGCUGAUCUGGCUUACGUGAAGCAAAUUGCCUGCUCCAUUGUUGACACCAAGUUCCCUGAGUGUGGAUUUUAUGGCAUUUAUGACAAGAUUCUGCUGUUCAAGCAUGACACAACCACAAACAACAUCCUGCAACUAGUUAAGUCUACAAGUGACAUUCAGGAGGGAGAUUUGGUGGAAGUGGUGCUUUCAGCGGCAGCCACAUUUGAAGAUUUCCAGAUUCGGCCUCAUGCGCUCAACGUCCACUCUUACCGAGCCCCAGCCUUCUGUGAUCACUGUGGAGAGAUGCUGUUUGGACUGGUCAGACAAGGCCUGAAGUGUGACGGAUGUGGGCUGAACUACCACAAACGUUGUGCAUUCAGCAUCCCAAAUAACUGCAGUGGAGCUCGUAAGCGACGCCUGUCCACCACUUCUCUGAGUAGCAGUCAGUCCCUGCGUCUCUCCACCACUGAAUCAAUCUACAGCGUGGGGACAACCUCCACUUGUUCAGAAGAAACCAGUUUAAUUCGGUCCCACACACAAAUGCCACGGACUCCUAGUGAGGCGCGACGCUUCUACACAGGCAGACCUGUUCACCUGGACAAGAUCCUGAUGACGAAGGUGAAGGUGCCCCACACGUUUGCAGUUCACUCCUACACACGACCAACAGUGUGUCAGUACUGCAAGAGACUUCUCAGAGGAUUGUUUAGGCAGGGUCUACAGUGCAAAGAUUGUAAAUUCAACUGUCAUAAACGCUGUGCAUACAAGGUUCCUAAUGACUGCCUUGGGGAGACCAUUGGAGACAACAGAAGUAACUGUGACAUGCUAAGUCCCAGCGCGGACACUGAAGUGCCCAUGGACUUCAGCAGUGAGUACGACACCUCAGACAAGUCUUCAAUGGAUGACUCAGAUGAGGCUUGUAGUAUUCCUGGGUCCUUUUCACCUGACAACAACCAGGAUGGAACAGGUGGAGACCAAAGUGCUAAUAUCCCACUGAUGAGGGUAGUUCAGUCGGUGAGGCAAACAACUCGACGAUCCAGCACAGCUAUUAAGGAAGGAUGGAUGGUUCACUACAGUAAUAAGGACACUCUGAGGAAGAGGCACUACUGGCGUCUGGACUGUAAGUGCAUCAUCCUGUUCCAGAAUAACACUUCCAACAAAUAUUACAAGGAGAUCCCCCUCUCUGAGAUUCUGGAGGUGCGUCCUGCUACUGACUUCACUCUAGUUCCACAAGGCACCAAUCCUCACUGCUUUGAGCUUGUCACAGGCACUAUGUGCUACUUUGUCGGGGAGGACCCCAAUACCCUUCCCUCAGUGUCCACCAGCAACCCCCAGACACCCCCAUCUCCCAGUAUGGUGCAGCCCAACAGCGGCAUUGGGCGAGAGGUGGCAAAUGCAUGGGAGUGCGCCAUUCGCCAGGCACUCAUGCCAGUCAUCUUUCAGGAUGCCCCGCCGGCUGAGGGGAAUACACCACACAGACAAGCCUCUGUCAGCAUUUCUGUCUCCAACAGCCAAAUCAAAGAGAAUGUGGAUAUUGGCACAGUGUAUCAGAUUUUUGCUGAUGAAGUGCUUGGAUCUGGGCAGUUUGGGAUAGUUUAUGGAGGAAAGCACAGAAAGACAGGACGAGACGUAGCUGUCAAAGUCAUCGACAAGCUUCGAUUUCCCACCAAACAAGAGAGUCAGCUGAGGAAUGAGGUGGCCAUUCUGCAAAGUUUGCGGCACUUAGGAAUUGUGAACCUGGAGUGCAUGUUUGAAACCCCGGAGAAAGUGUUUGUGGUGAUGGAGAAGUUGCACGGUGACAUGCUGGAGAUGAUCCUUUCCAGCGAAAAGGGAAGACUACCUGAGAGGCUAACUAAAUUCCUCAUCACGCAGAUUCUUGCAGCUCUCAGACAUCUCCACUUCAAGAAUAUUGUUCACUGUGAUCUGAAGCCUGAGAAUGUGCUACUUGCCUCAGCUGAUCCGUUUCCACAGGUGAAGCUGUGUGACUUCGGUUUUGCACGCAUCAUCGGUGAGAAGUCUUUCCGUCGCUCCGUGGUCGGUACACCUGCAUACCUGGCCCCAGAGGUUCUGCUGAACCAAGGUUACAACCGCUCGCUGGACAUGUGGUCAGUUGGUGUCAUCAUGUACGUCAGCCUUAGUGGCACUUUCCCUUUCAACGAGGACGAGGAUAUCAACGACCAGAUUCAAAACGCGGCCUUCAUGUACCCGGCCAACCCCUGGAACCAGAUCUCCAGAGAUGCUAUUGACUUGAUCAACAACCUGCUGCAGGUCAAGAUGAGGAAACGCUACAGCGUCGACAAAAGUCUCAGUCAUGCGUAUUUACAGGACUACCAGACGUGGCUGGACCUGCGGGAGCUGGAGACAAAACUCUGUGAGCGCUACAUCACCCACGAAAGUGAUGACAGCCGCUGGCAAAUGUUUGCCCAGGAGUACAACCUGCCUUACCCAGCUCACUUUGUUCCUCCUCCUCCAUCAGCCUCUGAUGAUGAGGAUGGUGGGGAGGACUCAGACAUGAAGGGCCUCACUGAGAGAGUCAGCAUCCUCUGACCACAAAGAAGGAGACUAUUUUUUUAAAGAAGACAGUGUGGUUUACUUGGAGUGUGAAAAGAGAUGAAGUUGCAGAGAACAUUUGUAUUAAUCAAGAACUUUGUGCUGCUGUUUGAACCUAAGAAUCUGCUUUAUGUCAGUUUUACUGCACUAAAUCCAAUAUUUUGCUCUUCUACCCAGGAGUCCUUAGAACCGCUCAUCGUUCACCUCUGCUGUUAUUGGUUCUCUUUCAUCCUUUGAAUUGUUGUUUUCUUUUUAUCUGGAAGACAGGCCUCUUCUAUUUCAAAUUCACCCAGUAAGGUCUUGGAAACAUGAAAAUGUCAAACUUUAACUCGGAAAUGUGUCACAGAAAUGAAAGGCAGCAUGAUCUAAACAACUCGUGUCUCACACAUCGUGUCUCAAAUUAAAGCAGGGAACGGCCUUAGACAACAAGCUCAGUUAAAAAUGAUUUUCUUUUUCCACACAAUUAAAUAUAAAUGAAACAGCCCAUAGUCUGAUUAGAAUUCCAAGAAAUACUAAUGUAUGCCUUAAAAAGAUAGGUUUAAUAUUCUCACCAUAUCUUUAUGAGCGAUGGGUUUUUACUAUAAAGGAAGACUUUAUUUGCUGGCAAUUACUCAACUUAAUGCACAAAAAUCAAGGCUGUUUUUACUCUGAAAUGAAUUCCCAUAUAAAUUCAUGUCUUGCGGAGGCCUUAAAAAUGGGAAGCAUUGAUCUAAACAGAACAUACAAUUUACAGUAAUCACCACCAGUUGGGAGCCACAAUAGAUUCAGUGAAAAAGCAUGCCUAAUUAUAGAUUGCAUAGAGGGUUUAAACGAACUCAUGAACUAGUCUUUAUUACCAGAUUUUUCCCCCCUCUAACAUUUUUUCCUGCAGCUAACAGAUUAUCCAGCUUGUGUCGGUCGGGGUAGUUACCACUGAGUGGUGAAAAUUGCUCCUAUUGUGUUGAGACUCUGAGUCUCACCUGUCCCUAAAAUUAAGCAGUUAAUUGAUAUACAGAUUAUAGCACAUCUUCAUAGCUGACUGUUAUGUUGUUAAUGAUUAGCAGAUAAGUGAGAACAUAUUUUUGAAGAAGCCCGACUUCUGCACAAACCACAAACGUCAAUCGAUUUUAAAGGGAUCUUAUGUAAUAGACCAACACAUUGAACUGCAUAACACUGAAAAGGACGGAAAGCGAUACAGAAUUUCGAUUUAUUUUUUCCAAAUGAAAGUCAUAAAAAUGUGGCAUGCGUUUGUGUUUAGCCCCCUUUACUCCAAUAUCUUUGAAUAAAAUCUGGCACAAUGCCUUCAGAAGUCACCUAACUAGUAAAUUAAGUCCCCCUGUGUAUAGUUUGUGAGAAAAUAUUAAUGAACAAACAGCACCGUGAAGACUAAGUAACACAGCAGAGAAAGUUAUGGAGAACAUCUCAGAAGGUACUGUUAAGUCCAUCAUUGAAAAGAAACAGAAUAACACAGCUGCAAGCGUACCAAGACAUAGCCAUCUACCUAUAUUGACAAAUAAGAGAAGCAGUGGUAACUCGUAUGGUAAAUCUGGAGGAGCUACAGAAAUGCACAUCUCAAUUGGUGUGAGCUGUGGAUAUUUGGACAACUAUUAGUUGUGCAUGGCACAAAUGUGGCUUCUAUAGAGGUGUGACACGAAGACAUAUAUUGAAAGAAAACUGUAAAAUGUCCAGUCUGAAUUAAAAUGAUCUAUUUUGCAAUGAAUGGGCAAGAAUCUUAAUGUAGAUAUAGAAUUUGCAGCUGUUUUCCUGUCAAAUUUGCUUCUACAAAAGCGAUGGCUUCUUAUUUGUACACAAAUUUUAAAACCAGGUAUUAUGUUUCUUCCAUUUUGCAAUUUUUCAUUACUUUUAGCUGGUCUAUUACAUAAUAUCUAAAUAAAAUACAUUAUAGGUGGUGGUUGUCAUCUGACAAACUGAAAAAGGGCAUAUACAUUUUUUUUGCAGAGCAGUGAAAGCGCUUGGAUGGACAGAAUGGGUUAGCUAACUAGAACUAAUGUUUAUGUAGUUAAACAAUUGACUACCUUCCUUAAUAUGUUGCAUGUUUAUUAUUUUGUGCAGUGCAGUUAUUUAGGUAUUUUUUGGACAUGCUGUAGUUAUGAUGGCAUGUUAUGAAAAAUAUGUAACCGGAACUUUAUGUAGAUGUUAAAUGUGUGUAGAUUGUGUACAUGUUGUUUGAAUGAUGCUCCUGGUCUUUAUAUUAAAUAAUGCAAACUUAAACAUUGUUCUGUGUGUAUUAGAAAUGUUAUUAAAUCGUUUACAUACCCA